AUGGAUAACAGUACUACACACGACCACGAUGCCAAUGCACCUGAUGCUGUUCAUGAGGACACGAAUGCUGUGGACAAAGGAGACGACCAUCCCACUGACGGAUCGUUUGAUGAGGAGGAUCGGGGUACUUUGGAACAACCAAGUAGCAGCUCAACGACAGCGACGACGGCUGCAACCGAGGAUAACAAGGCAAUGGAUGAUGAUGAUUUUGGAGACUUUGGAGAUAACAAUGACGAGUUUGGAGACUUUGAUGAUUUCCAGUCGACUGAGGACUUUGAUGAUUUCCAAUCAAUGGAUGAUGGAUUUGGUCCUAUUGAGCAGCAACAGCAGGAGGAUAAUGAUGCCGAUAUGAAUGACGCACAACCAACAACACCUCCAUCACCUCCCAAACCAACAGAAGCGGAAGAGUAUGUCCGAGUCUUGGAUACAGCACAACAUGCAACAGAGAUAACAGCCCAUUUGGAUCAUUUCUUUAAGCGCAUUUGGUCCCUUGAUGAUGACAAUGAAAACCAGCUACAACAACAAGAAGAACUCGUAGCAUCACCCACAUCCAUGGAACCACCUACCAAGAUUUUAUGCACGCCAUGUAGCGAGAAUCUUUGGGACAAGUUAUCCCGCGACUCGGUGUUUUAUAACCCUAUCACAGGAUCCAUUGGCCAAUUCCAGUGGACUCGCUCAGAGACCAACAAGGCCUAUCUUACUGCUCUCGGUGUCACUAUCAAUUAUGAAGAGAAAUCAAGUCCAAGUAGUGGUAGCAUGGGCUCUCCUGCAAUGGGAAGCAAACGACCGCAAUCCAAUUAUCUAGACACCAAGCAGACAUCUUCUCCACGCUCCAUGGAACGACGUUCAUCACCCAACCACACACGAUCCACAUCUUUGUCGGGUGUUCAUGUACCUGUAACAGAGAGUCGACAACACAGCGAUGAUGAUGAUGAAGAAGUUGACAACAGCAACAAAAAGGCGCCUGUGGAAGAAGAACCGGAAUUGGAUAUUGACAUAGCAAAGGCUUAUUGUGAAUUGACGGAAGAAACGAUUCGGAUAUUCCCUGAUGAAAAACUCAAAUCCAUGGUGACCGAACUUUCAAGGUUACAACGGCAAGCGACAGAGUACUUGACUUAUCUCUUGGAUCAACGAGAACAACUCAUGAUGGAUGCUGAAACAUACAACGACUUGAUCAGCUGCAUUGUUGGCCAUGCUCAACGACUCCGUGAACAACAUGUUGGACGUGAUGCUAGCCCUGCCAUGGUUAGCAAAAAGAAGAAAACGGGUGGUAGUCUAAGCAUGCUGCGGCGAAAACAAAAUAGCUCUGGUGCCAGUAUGGGAGGAGGUGUUGUUGGUCUAAAGCAAGGAUCUACCACCACCAAUGCUACACAAAAAAAGAAUAUACCACCACCAACAUCUACUACUACAGCAGAAGGAAGACGGUCCAUGUGA